AUGAGGUUUACAAAGAAUGACAAAGUGAGGGUGAGGGUUAAAUGCAAGGAUGGGUGUCAAUGGGAAGCAUAUUGUGCUAAAUUGCCAAAUGAAGAAACAUGGCAACUAAGGAAAUUGGUUGACAAGCAUGAGUGCAGUAGAGAGUAUAAUGUGAAAAUGUUGACCACUAAAUGGCUGAGCAAGAGAAUUCAAAACUCUCUGAAAACCAAUCCAAGGAUGAAGAUUAAGGACAUAAAGGCAAAGGCUCAAAGGAAGUGGAAUGUGGGUGUUAACAAGACUAAGGCUAUAAGGGCAAGAUUUAAGGCUAGAGACAUGGUGGAUGGAUCUUUCUUAGGGGAUUAUACAAGGAUUUAUGAUUAUUGCCAUGAGUUGCUAAGAGCUAACCCAGGGUCUACUAUCAAGAUUAAUGUUGAUCCAGUCCCAGAUGGUAGUGAGGACCAAAGACCAUAUUUCAAAAGGCUGUAUGUUUGCUUUGCAGCAUGUAAGGAAAGCUUUAAGUUAUCUAGGCACAUCAUUGGUCUAGAUGGUUGCUUCUUAAAGGGGUUGUGUGGUGGACAAAUUCUGGCUGCAAUAGGGAGAGAUCCAAAUGACCAGAUGCUUCCAGUUGCAUUUGCAGUUGUGGAAGGAGAAAACAGGGAUAGCUGGACCUGGUUUUUGCAGUUGCUGAUUGAUGACCUAGGUGGUCAAGAAGAGUGUUUGACAUACACAUUCAUCUCAGACCAGCAAAAGGGUCUACUACCAGCAAUGGAUGAACUUUUGCCAGGUGUUGAACAAAGAUUCUGUGUGAGGCACCUUUAUAAUAACUUCAGGAAGAAGUAUCCUGGUAAAAUGUUGAAAGAUGCUAUCUGGAAAGCUGCAAGGUCAACCUAUGUACAAGCUUGGGAGAGAGAAAUGAGGUCUAUGAGACUUAUUAGUGAUGAGGCAUAUUUACAUAUGAUGAAGACAUCUCCAAGAUUCUGGAGUAAAUCACACUUUAAGGUAACUAACAAAUGUGAUACUCUACUCAAUAACAUGUCUGAGGCAUUCAAUAGUGUGAUCCUUGAGUCAAGGACCAAGCCUUUAGUAACAAUGCUGGAAGAGAUCAGGACCUAUUUUAUGGAGAGAUGGGCUAAGAAUAGGAUGCGGUUUGAGAAUUUACCUGAUGAUGCAGUGCUGCCAAACAUUAGAAAACAAGUGGAGAAAACAAGUACCUACACCAACUCAUGGAUUGUAAGGAUGUCUGAUGAACAUAUUUUUGAGGUUAAGCAUGUGCAAGAUCCAGCUGACAUGUUCACUGUGAACUUGAAGGACCACAUAUGUUCAUGUAGGAGGUGGGAGUUGUCUGGUUUGCCAUGUGUUCAUGCAUUGUCAUGUAUGAAGAGUAGGAACUUUAGAUUUGAAGAUUUCAUUCCAGAGUACUAUAGGAAGAGUAGGUACAUUGCUGUCUACAAACCAGUUAUAUAUCCUGUGAAUGGUUCUAACCUAUGGGCAAGGACACAAUACCCAGAUGUGCAUCCUCCUAAGUUCAGAAAAAUGCCUGGCAGACCAAAGAAGAAGAGGAAUCUUGAACAAGGAGAGCUUGAUGGUACUGACAGAAAACUUAGGAGGACAGGACUGAUUGUGAAAUGCAGUAGAUGCAAAAAGUCAGGGCACAACAAAGCUACAUGUAAGGUGACAGGGCCUGCACAGCCAACUACUCAACAAACAUCACAACAAAUUCCUCAAGGGCCUGCACAGCCAACUACUCAACAAACAUCACAAGUAACAACUUCACAGCCAGCUACUCAACAAGUUAGUGCACAGCCAGCUACUCAACAAAGUCAACCAGCUUCUCAGACAUCCAGAACAAGACAAAGUCCUGCAAAAAAGGCAACAACAAGCAAGGCAAAAAAGCUGGGUGUGAGAAGGCCACAGACUCCUUGGGUACCACCAGGACCAACCACAAGACUAGGUGCAUCAAAAAUUGGGCCAACAACUAGGAGGACAACACCAACAAAGAGAGCCUCAUUCAAGAAGAAUGUCUAGCACUUUAGAUUUUAUAUUAGUUAUUUAGCACUUUUGGAACUUAUUAACAAUUAUGGUUUUAUGUAAUUUGUCUGGUAAUUUGUCUGGUUUUAUGCACUUUUGUAAUGUUUGGAAUCCUAACUGGUGUAUUAUAAGU